GAUGUCUCAAUUGCAAUUGUAAACAAGGGUCCCUUGUUGAUUGUUGCUUUGACUUGUUUUCAAUAAAAAAUACCGCAAAAAAUACUGAUGUUAAAAAGUACGAAAUUAAAUAUUUUUGGAAAUAUGUGGCUGAUUUUAAUUUGCUUCAAAUAUUCCUAGAAUGGUAUUUGUGUUUCGGCUGAGAAGGAGAUUACUGAAAUACAAAGUGUCCUUGGUUAUUUCUUUUAUCAUUAUAAGCCUACUGUUUUGUUUUAGAGUACAGGUAGGCUCAUUUGCAAUAAUUGUAUUAUUUUUCAUAAUUCAUUACUAGUAGGUCUUUCAGAUUGCACAUAGACCUAGCGAAUAUUGCUACAAUGAAGAACCUAUUGAUGUUGUGUAUACUUGGGUAAAUGGAUCAGAUCCUGAGUUUUUGGAAAGCCUUAAUGCUUUUACCAGUGGAAUCAGAGAUAAUGUUGACUAUUCAAAGCAGAGGUUUGAUGAUAAAUAUGAACUGAAGUUUUCCCUAAGAUCUCUUGAAAAAUAUGCCCCAUGGGUAAGACACGUGUAUGUUGUUACAAAUGGCCAAAUCCCAUAUUGGCUGGACCUGGAUUAUGAUAAAGUUACCAUUGUAUCGCACAAGGAAAUCUUCCAGGAUCCUUCCAGCUUGCCUACAUUUUCAAGUCCUGCUAUAGAAAGGAAUUUACACAGGAUUCCCAACCUUUCAAAGAAGUUCAUUUACUUCAAUGAUGACAUCUUCUUGGCAGCUCCUACAUUUAAGGAAGACUUUUACACCCCAAAUAAGGGCUAUUUGGUAUAUUUGGCAUGGUUGGUACCAAAUUGUUCACCUAACUGCCCUUGGAUGUACGUAGCAGAUGGUCAAUGUGAUAAGGAUUGCUUUUUACAGCAAUGUCAAAUGGAUGGUGGAGACUGUGAUGGAAAAGAUGUAAAAACGAUGAUUCCAUCGCAACUCCCAUAUAUGGCAGAUCAAUCAUCAGUAGGAGAAAUGAAGGAGCAAAAACAAUCUCAAUUAAAUAUGAUCAAACAGAUUAAAACAAACUUUUAUAAAUUGAACCAUACUACCACAUAUCAUGGUGUUCAAAAUAUCUCUACCUCAAACUUUCUUAAUAUUUUUGUAAGUGAGUCAACCACACAGAUCCCUGUAUACAAACCAUUUAAAAAAUGGAGCUUAGAAAAUUUGACGAAAAUAGUAGAGAUCCACAACAAGUUGGUAUUGAGAAAGGACAGGUUAAGGCGAAAAAGACUACGUAAGCAAAAAGAUGCUAAAAACCAUCGCUGGCAUUUUCAAGGCAAUACUCAGGUGGACGCUUACAGUGCUUCUUUACAGCACACCAACAGAAUGUUGAAUGUGAAGUAUGGUUUUAGAACACGCAAGGUUCCAUCCCAUGCUCCCAUAAUGAUAGACCGCCAGAUAAUGACAAAGCUACAGGACACAUUUAACGAUGAGUUUGAAAUAACAGAAAAAAAUAGAGUGAGACGAGGUGACGAUGUCCAAUUCUCAUUCGCUUACUAUUACUACCUUAUGUCUGAGCAAAUUGACGUACCUAUUGGGGAAAUAUUCGAAGAAUUUGACACGGAUAAGUCUGGCACUUGGUCGGAUAGAGAGAUAAGGACGCUACUUACAAAGCUGUAUGAAUUACCAUUGAGCUAUAGCAUUGUAGAUCACUUUGAGGCUAUUUUGCUGAAUUGUUCAGAGAAUAAAGUAUUUUCUGAUGUGUCCACGCCGGAGUAUGAAAGAUAUAUAGAUUCAAAGCUGCCAACAAUAAGUGAACGUCUAGUCGCAAGUUGUCCAACAUUGGUGAAGCUAUUAAAUGAUAGAUUUGGGCUAGCUCAUAAGUACCAUUUUGAAAUCAUCUCAGAUGCUGAAAGUAAGCAUGUCUCCUUUAAGAUGCUGAAUUCCAAUAUCAGCGAUGUAGUCGUCAGUCUGGAUGAAAUUAGGAGUAACAGCAGAAAAUUCGUUUGUCUCAACGAUAACCUCGACGAAUCAAAAGUAGCUGAAAAUGAACUAGUCAGAGCUAUAUUAUAUGACUUUUACUUAGCUUUAUUCCCUCAGCCAAGUAAGUUUGAGUUACCAGAUGAAUACAGGAACAAAUUCGUAUACAUUAAAGACUUGAAUGAAUGGAAGAUGUACAGGUUUAAGAUAAAAUUGUUUAUUGUGUUUUUAAUGUCGACUGUAUUGUGGAUGACUUUGUUUAAUGUUAUUAGAAGACGAUUUUGUCAAAUGAUAGAUAUAUUAUUCUGUUGAAUAUGUUUUAUUAUAUAAUUUUAUUUUAUGUAA